CCUUUUUUCAGCGCCUGUUCUUCCUGUGGAUGCCGUACCGCAUGUGGGGCUACAAGCUGUCCUGCACGGUGUGCAGCCACAGGUUGUCGGGAGCCGGACUCUACAGGACCGUCCGGAGGGUCCUGGAGUCAGACGGAUGGUACUUUAUGGCCACGGAGUACCUGGAGUGCCGGCGCUGCAAGAAGAAGGUGGCGGGCUGGUCGCAGGAUGUCUUGGAUCAGCUGCACUGCACCCAUCGGGAUGACUUUCCAGCUAUCCUGACUUACAGAUUAUCCUGCGACAAAAAGCUCAUCGGGCAGAUGCGUGAGCGCACGCUGGGCAACGGGGCCACCCGGCUGCGCAAAUAUCUGCUCGAGGAGCACGUCAAGUUCUGGUUGGAGCGGUCCAGAAAGUUCAUGUUCGCGGCCACCAAGUUCAUCACAUCGGGUGCCGAGCCAUCUACGACUACGCCUCGACCACCACGGAUGACCCCGGUGCCCGGUGUAAAGUGGUUGCUGUCCAUCUAUGCCAGGGAGGUGGCUUCGAGGAUAGAAGAGACCAAGGCCCGGAUCACCUCCAUCUUUGGCUCAUUCUUGAAGAUGGACUCAACCAAGAAGGUGACCAAGAAACUUGCUGGUGCCGCGGCAGGAACGGCAGCCUGGGUGACCAACGUGGGGAAUGAGUACGGCCAGGUCUUAAUCAGCGUCCUCACUGCAGCCGAGGGUGCUGGCCUGUACCCCAUGGCCACCGGGCUGAUGCGGCGAUACCGUGAUGCCGGUGUGUCCCCGCCUCUGGUCCUCUAUGUGGACCGAGACUGCUGUUCCCACGGGGGACCAUCCAAGGUGACCCUCUUAUUCCAUCAGUGGGAUCAGCUAGUGGUGCGGCUCGACGUGUGGCACCUGAUGCGACGCUUCGCGGCGGGUGUUACCACGGAGAGCCACCCACUAUACAGCCUCUUCAUGGCGCGUCUCUCGUUCUGCAUUUUUGAGUGGGACGAGGGAGACGUCGCCCGGCUGCGACAGGCCAAGGCUGGUGAGGCGGGGAAGGGUCCCGAGGCUCCAGGCAGGGAAACAUCCCGUUAA